GAAUUCCACCAGAACAGCGUCAAAAACAAGCAGCUGUGUUUCUGGACGCUCACAUCUGUCGCUGUUGUCGUCGCUGUCCAUGGUGCUGAACUCGUGCUCCAGGAAUGGUGGAGACGCUGAGUAUCGCAGUCAUCGGUGCUCCCGGAGUGGGGAAAACUUCUAUAAUCCGCCAGUUCAUCUAUAACGAUUUCUCGGAGGUGUACACGCCAACCAGGACCAGAUAUGUGUACAGACCCUCCGUCAUCCUCAACGGGAACAUGUAUGAGUUGAAGAUUUUGGACGUCCCGCCAAUCUCCUCUUUCCCAUCCAGCUCCAGCCAGGAGUGGCUGGAUUUGCGCUGCCGAGGUGUCCGCAAUGCCAACGCCUACAUCCUGGUGUACGACAUCUGCUGCGUGGAGAGCUUUGAAUACGUCAAGAUGAUCAGACAGCAGAUCGUGGAGCACAGGGAAGGCAGCAGCAGUGAGGUGCCAAUCCUGGUGGUGGGCAACAAGAGAGAUCUGCAGCGGCAACGCUUUAUGCCUCGCAGGGCGGUAUCAGUCCUGGUGAAGAAGACCUGGAAGUGCGGUUACGUGGAGUGUUCUGCCAAGUUUAACUGGCACGUAGUCCUGCUCUUCAAAGAGCUGCUGGGCAUCGCCGUGGCACGGGGCAUGCGCCAGAACCACACAUCCAUCCGUCUCCAGGGGGCGCUACAGAGGAAUCGCUGUGCCAUCAUGUGACCCAGAGAGCUCCCUCCACCCCUCUCACCUCAGGAGUGGAGCGGCAGUGGAGAAAAAAGGACUUUUUAUCUAAAUGGCUGGAAAAAUACCCUGUGGCCUCCUGCUUUACUGAGCUGAUUUUUCAUAAUGAGGUUUAUUAGACUCUUGCGCUGUAAAAGACACUCAAAUUUCAAACAUGGUCAUCCAACCACUUCCUUGUCAGAUUCUGCCAAAAGUGUAAAUGCAAGGAAGGAGGUAGUAGAAGAGAAAGCAAGCGAAAACCAAUAGCAUAGCACAGUUAUUUUUUUCUCACAUGAACUAGACAGUUACUCAUUUGAGGCUGUGCUUCCCAAGAUUACCCAGCAGCAGGUCUUAUUGAGGGUUGUCUCGUGGCUGUAGCUGGGCCUGACAGGAUGGAAGCUGUGUUGGUGAGAC